AAGCUUACCAUGGAAGUUGUACAAAGUCCUCUCCUGCUUUCUCCCACCUGAACCUGAUUACCCAACACCAAACCGAUUUUCCACUACGCUACUAUUUCGUAGUGUCUCCGCAAUUGAGGAACCAAAAUGGUGAACUCUCAGUCCGAUUUGAAGAUUUUCAGCGUCCGGAUUGUGUCGAUGGACUAUUACAUGUCCCCCCCUAUCCCCGGCCUCGACAUAUCUUAUAGCAGUUUCCAGGGUGGGAAGGUGAAUGAAGUACCUGUUAUAAGAGUGUAUGGGUCGACUCCGGCUGGUCAAAAGACUUGCUUGCACAUUCAUGGAGCUCUACCUUAUUUUUAUGUUCCAUGUUCAGAUCUCUUCCUUCAACCUGAUCAAGAAGGUGAAGAAUGCACACGUGGCAUAUCCCAUGCUCUUGAGAAGGCACUAAAGCUUAAAGGUAAUGUGGCCUCGAAACGUCAGCAUGUGCACAGUUGCAGUCUUGUCCGAGCAAAAAAGUUCUAUGGUUAUCAUUCUUCAGAGGAACUAUUUGUGAAGAUUUAUCUCUACUAUCCACAGGAUGUCUCUCGUGCUGCUAAUCUUCUUCUGGGUGGAGCUGUGCUAGAUAGGGUUUUACAGCCCCACGAAUCGCAUAUACCAUUUCUUCUCCAAUUCAUGGUUGAUUAUAACUUGUAUGGGAUGGGCCAUUUACAUGUGUCAAAGAUGAAAUUCCGCUACCCAGUUCCAGAUACUUUCUCCCCAAGGAAGUCAAAUCACAAUGAGCCAAAGAGAACUAUUAUGGAUAUUCCUGCUAACACUUCUGCAGAUUUUCAGGCAGAUUCAGGUUAUGAUCCAUAUUCGGAUCCACCAAUUUGGAUAUCGUCCACUAUUCCAGAUGGUUGGGUCUGGCUGUACUCUAGUCAAGAUGAUUCUUCAUCUGAUCAAGCUCUUCCUGCCAUGAAGCGUUCAAGUACUUCUGCACUUGAAGGAGACGCUGUUCUUGAUGCAAUUCUCAAUCAACAAUUUUUAUCAUACACAUCCCUUUCACAGACAUGUUCUAAAGUAAGAAUGAUUCAAUCACUGAUACCAAUCUGGGAGGAGUUUGAAAGGAAUGGGAUGCAUGAGUUGGCCUUACCUCCUGAUCCAGGGAAACCACUUCCUGUGGAUGUUUUGAGGAUACUUUCCAAUGGAAUUGGAUUUGAAGAUAUUUUUCUGGAACCUGAUAAUGUGGCUGCUUUAUGUUUUCAUUCCCAAUCAAUAAACUCAUCCACAGAAGAGGGGAAAUCAUUUCAAGAUGAUGAUAUGGGGAAAUCAAAUGAGAAGACGAAUGCAUAUCCAAGCCAACUGUCAACUGAAUGUUUGGAAAUAUCCGACAACAUUCAAUUAUCUUCAGGUGUUAAGGUUUCAGAUCAUGAUGCUUUGGGGAUUCUGAAUUGGCUUGCAUCUUCUCAAGCUGCUGAAGAUAUAAACUCAGAUGAUGACCUUGCUCGUGAGACCAUUUUGAGUCCCUUAAUGCCUGCAACAACCUUAGAUAAGGUUUUAGAGAAAGCCCAUGCGGAUUAUGAAAAUGAAUCUCAACAAGAGUGUGAGGACAUCCUUGAUACUGUACAGGAUAGAGCUAACAUCGAAGGAUUCGAUGGGAGAGCUGCUGAUUUGAUUGAUUCUAAUCAUUCAUGCAAGACUUCUUCAGACAGAAUGAUACCUCAAGUGGAUGGAUCUUCUGAUAGUUUUGAUGCAUUUUCAUGUGAUGGUAAGUCACACCAUAAAUCUGGGGCCCCUUCAGGAACUGAUUCAUGGGACGAUGCUCAUUUGGCUAUGAUCAGUAACCGGAAAAAGAGAAGACAAAAGUGGGGCUCUUUGCCUGUUUCAUCUGGUCAGAGAACGAGUGAUCUUUCACCUUCUACUGCACUAAGCACAAUCAGCAGAUGUGGCAAUCACAUAAAAGAUGAUUCAGGAUUGCCUUAUAGUGUAGGAAGUGGAGCAAACUUAUCUCCCAGUAUAGUAAAGGGAUCAACCAAAGAGAUAAUGGUUAACUGCUCUAUGCGGGACCUGAUGAGAAAGAAACGUUACUACCGUGCUGAACCAUCUGAAUGCAGGGCUCAGAUAAAAAAAUCCCCAUCUGAUGAGGAAGACAAAGGUUCACUUUAUAUUGGACAGACACUUGAUGAGCAAGAACCAUCUGAAUGCAGGGCUCAGAUAAAAAAAUCCCCAUCUGAUGAGGAAGAAAAAGGUUCACUUUAUAUUGGACAGACACUUGAUGAGCAAUACAAAAUCCCCUUUGCUUACUCCAUGAACAUGAAUUCGGGUGCUAUUCAGCAGAGAGAAUGUGAUGGGACUAACUCAUGUACUGCAUUUCAGAUGCAUUAUGAACCUUAUGAUGCCAAAACUGACAAUUUGGCAAAUGGUAAGUUGCCUAUUUACUCUGGUGAUUGCAAUACAUUGCCAAGAGACUCAUCAAAUGUUGAACCAUGCCAUUCUUUUGGAGGAAGUGAUGUUCGGGGAGUUAGUGAAGCAGGUGUAGAUUUGCAGAACAGUGGAUUUAGUGGUGCACCACUAUUGAAUAAGAAAACUGAUCCAUCAGAGCAAUAUUCUCAUUUUAAGAGUUCUGUGUGUGCAGUUCAGAUAAAACAUUGUGCAUCUAAUGGUUGUGAAAAUAUGGACAUCAAUAUUAACAGUACUAAACCUUUACCUACUGAUGUUGUUUAUUCUGAGUUUGUUCCACAUGCUCAAUCAUCAGAAUUUGCAAGUGAGAAUAAAUCUUCUGGUGGUGAGAAAGUGCUCCAACGUGAUGCAAUUGAUUCAAGUUGCCAAUCUUCUUCAAUUGGAGGUGUAACUUUUAAGGAUGGAGGUGCAACUUGUGCAGAAAUAGAUCUUCUACAAAUGACUGAUAAGACUGGUUUUACUGCCCAUAAGAAAAGUAAUGAUGGAAUUUCUUCUCAGAAAGGAGUUCCUGAUGAACUUCGUCCUUUCUUUGGGAUGGAUUGCCUGGUAGAAGGAGAUUGUUACAAUUGUAGAACAUUGGACCAUAACCAUCGUCAAGGAGGUCUAUUGGGUGUACCUAUCCACUAUCAAAAUGAUGGUUCCUAUCUAUUCAUGUUGACCCCUGUCUUUAGACCACCACAAACCAAAUGUGUUGAGAGAUGGCUGACACUUGAUUCCACAGAUGUUUCUGAAGAGAACAAAGUUGUAUGUCCAGCACUUGCUCCAUCAAUUAAGGAAUCCUCUAGUGAGGCAGUAGGCUUGCAGAAUUCUCGGGCUUUGAGUGGUAGUCAGCCUCUGAUAGAACCUGUGCCUGCGUCAGAUCUAAAGCCUAAUCUAGAUCUGAUAAAUCAGCAGCAUAAAGGAAGUCAUAAUAUGGAAUUGGAGCAUUUUCAUGAUGAUAUCAAAGUAAUUCCACAAUGUAAGGAGGAUAUGUUAAAAUGUAAACCAUCAACUGAUUUCUCAGAGGAUAUAUCUCAGAUAUCAGGCCCUGAUAGAAAAUCAAAGCUCACUCCUCUGAGUCAAAUUGGUUUCCGGGACUCUGCAAGUAUUGGUUGUGGGCAGCAGCUAACAUUAUUGAGCAUAGAAGUCCAAGCAGAAUGUAGGGGUGAUCUAAGACCUGACCCUCGAUUUGAUGCUGUCAGUAUUAUAGUUCUUGUUAUUCAGGAAGAUGAUGACCCUAUAGCUGAUUCUUAUGUUCUCCUGCAUUGCAAUGGUGCACCUGUUCAAAGAAACCUUUAUGGAUUGUCUGGAUGCAAGCUUUUGGGUUUCUCUGAAGAGACGCACUUGUUUACACAAUUUGUGAAGAUAUUUUCUUGUAUUGAUCCAGAUGUUUUGAUGGGCUGGGAUAUUCAAGGUGGUUCCCUUGGUUUUCUUGCAGAAAGGGCUGCACAUCUUGGUUUUGAUUUGCUAAAUAAAAUUUCUCGUACACCAUCAGAGACCAAUGCAACUUCUAGAUGCUAUGAGGAAGAAAAACUAAGUGAUCUUUUCUCUGAGUCUAUAAUAACUGAUUCUGUGCUUCAUGAUGAUGCUAUGAUAAUCGAUGAUGAAUGGGGUAGAACACAUGCCAGUGGUAUCCAUGUUGGUGGUAGAAUUGUUCUUAACAUUUGGCGUUUAAUGCGCGGUGAAGUUAAGCUUAAUAUGUAUACAAUGGAAACUGUGGCUGAAGCAGUGCUGAGACGAAAAGUUCCUUCCAUUCCUAGCAAGGUAUUGACAAAUUGGUUUUUAAGUGGACCUGGACGUGCCCGAUUUAGAUGCAUAGAAUAUAUUUUGGAUAGAGCAAAGUUGAACCUUCAGAUUAUGACUCAACUUGAUAUGAUAAAUCGGACAUCAGAACUUGCACGAAUCUUUGGCAUUGAUUUUUUUUCAGUUCUCUCACGAGGUUCACAGUACCGUGUGGAAUCUAUGUUUCUAAGACUGGCUCAUACACAAAACUAUAUUGCCAUCUCCCCUGGUAACCAACAAGUAGCUUUUCAGCCUGCAAUGGAAUGUCUGCCUCUUGUAAUGGAACCAGAAUCUGGAUUUUAUGCAGAUCCUGUUGUUGUUCUUGAUUUUCAAUCACUUUAUCCAUCAAUGAUAAUUGCAUACAAUCUCUGCUAUAGUACUUGCCUUGGAAAAGUCACUGCUUCGAAGUCCAAUAUCCUUGGUGUUAGUUCUUAUUCACCUGAUAGAAAUGUUUUACGAAAAUUAAAACAUAAAAUACUUCUAACACCAAAUGGAGUUAUGUUUGUGCCUUCUGAGGUUCGUAAAGGAGUACUUCCCCGCUUGUUGGAAGAACUAUUAUCAACUAGGAUUAUGGUCAAACAAGCCAUGAAGAAGUUAGCUGCUUCUGAGAAGGUACUUCACCGGAUAUUCAAUGCGAGACAACUUGCAUUGAAACUAAUAUCAAAUGUGACUUAUGGUUAUACAGCUGCUGGAUUUAGUGGGCGAAUGCCCUGUGCUGAGCUUGCUGACUGUAUAGUUCAAUGUGGCCGCAGAACACUGGAAAAUGCAAUUUCAUUUGUAAAUACAAAUGAUAAAUGGAAGGCUAAAGUUAUUUAUGGUGAUACUGACAGCAUGUUUGUACUACUCAAAGGACGAUCUCUUAAAGAAGCCUUUCAAAUUGGUCAUGAAAUUGCUUCCGAAGUGUCUGCAAUGAGUCCUAAUCCAGUCACUUUAAAAAUGGAAAAGGUUUACCACCCAUGUUUUCUCAUUACCAAGAAACGAUAUGUUGGCUAUAGUUAUGAGAGUCCUGAUCAGAGCAAACCAAUAUUUGAUGCUAAAGGUAUUGAGACUGUAAGGAGGGAUUCAUGUGGAGCCGUGUGCAAGACAAUGGAACGAUCACUGAGACUCUUUUUUGAGCAUCAUGACAUUGAGAAGGUUAAAUCAUACCUGCUACGGCAGUGGAAAAGGAUUAUGUCUGGCAGAGUUGAUCUGCAGGAUUUUGUUUUUGCAAAGGAGGUGCGCUUAGGUACUUACCGUGCACGGGCUUCUUCACUUCCUCCUGCAGCAAUUGUUGCAACUAAAGCAAUGAGAACAGACCCUAGAGCUGAACCACGCUAUGCGGAGCGAGUACCUUAUGUUGUUGUUCAUGGUGAACCUGGUGCUCGGCUUGCUGAUGUUGUGGUUGAUCCUUUCGAUCUUUUAACUAUUGAUUCACCUUACAGGGUAAAUGACAUGUAUUACAUCCAGAAACAAAUUAUCCCAGCUUUGCAGCGAGUCUUUGGGCUUGUAGGAGCUGACUUGAACCAAUGGCUUCAAGGGAUGCCUAGACCAGAGCGGGAAGCCAUUGGGAAACGCGGUGUCUUUGCUCCAAAUGCUCAAAGAACAAGAAUUGAUUAUUAUUACCUUUCAAAACAUUGUAUCCUGUGUGGUGAGCUUGUUCAGGCAUUUGCUUUUCUCUGCCAUAAUUGUUCUAAGAAUGAAGCUAGUGUUGCUGUAGCUUUGACCGGAAGGACCUCUAAACUGGAAAGAGACAUUCAUCACCUUGUUGCUAUAUGCCGGCAUUGUGGAGGGGGAGAUUGGGUUUUAGAAAGUGGGGUGAAAUGCACAUCUCUUGCGUGCUCCAUUUUCUAUGAAAGGAGGAAGAUUCAGAAAGAACUACAAUCGCUUUCUGCAGCAGCUUCAGAAGCAGGUUUUUAUCCCGGGUGUGUGGUUGAGUGGUUCUGACUUUUACAGAUCGAAUAAUACUUGUAGUAUAUUAUGAUUAUACAACCAAAAAGGGUGAAAAACAGCAGGGUCUUGCACUCUUGCAGCCUGCAAAACUUUUGUUUUAUGUUUCUUGAUAUACAUACAUUAGCUAACCUUAAUAUGUAAAGCGUGAGUUCUGAAUAGAAGAAAGUGCCAAAAGUCUAUAUAUAUUUGUAGGGUCUUGACAUUGUUCAGGUCGUAAGAAAUUGUGUUGUAGUUUGGAAUUGAGUUGAAAUAUAUUUGUCAUUCAUACUUAGCGGUUUGAAAUACGAGUACCAAUUGUUUGUUCU